AUGAUAUGUGCCAUGUUUAAGGGCGGAGAGAGAAGAUUGCUUUCUUCGCUGCUCUCAUCAACCUCGCUCUCAACUCCCAAAACCCCGUUCACUCCAAUUCAACCCAUCAAAGACUCAAAAUUUAACAAUUAUAUUGCAAAUGGGGCAUCUGGGUUUAUGGGUAUUAGGGCUUAUAGUUUGUUGAGUUUGAAUGAUUUGAGAGACAAUGUGCCAAGGAAGCAGAAGAUAAGAAAAGGCCGUGGUAUUGGGUCUGGUAAAGGAAAGACAGCAGGGAGAGUUCAUAAAGGACAGAAAGCUAGAGGGACUAUGAAGUUUGGUUUUGAAGGUGGACAGACUCCAAUGCGGAGGCGUUUGCCCAAAAGGGGGUUUAAGAAUCCCUUCAGUCUCACUUUUCAGCCUGUAGGGUUGGGAAAAAUUGCAAAACUUAUCAAUGCAGGGAAGAUAGAUUCCCAUGAAUUAAUCACAAUGAAAACCCUCAAGGAAACUGGGGCCAUUGGGAAGCAGAUAAAAGAUGGAGUAAGACUGAUGGGACGUGGUUUGGAGAAGAUCCAAUGGCCUAUCCAUCUGGAGGGUGGCACUAUAGGUAUUUUGGUGUCAAGUGUAGCAGGAGCAGAUAGAAUCGCUCAAGCUGCUUUAUCUUGCAAAACUGAUGAUGAUUGCAAGAAAUACCCCAUUGUGUGUCCAGCGACCAACUUCAUGGAGGAUUUUGAUUUUGCAGCAAUGAAUGAAAAGUUCAAGAAGGAUGAAAUAUGGGGUCAGCUAGGUAAAAGUAACAAAUGUAAAACAAAAGGCGAAGGUGAUGAUAAUGAUAAUGAUAAUGACAAUGACAAUGAUGAAGAUUCAAAUGGAUUGACAAAAGUUGAGACAAAGCCUGUCUUUGGUAAGGAUAAUUUUUUUGAUUCAGUUUCCCACAAUUCACUCAAUCACGACCCCUGGAAAGGAAUGGUUAAAUUCUCAGAACAAAUGAAAUUAGAUAAAGAGACAUUUGGAGAUAUUGAAUCAAAUCCUGGCGGCCGAGCACAAGGAUCUCGUUAUGGAAGGGGAUAUUGCCAUGCAGGAUGGGGCAGGGAAAGGGUAAGGGGGAGGGGACUGGCCAUAUGGAGUCGCGUUACCUAG